GGCACAGGGAGAACAUUCGGUAGGAGUUGGCAUCACUGAAACUUGACUGACGAUUGACGAAUACAGAUUUGUUUUUCUCAAUACCAGAUCAGUGAAUUCUGCAGGAAAGAAAUAUUUUAGUUAAAUUUGAUAAGAAAAGCAGUAUCCACACAACUAUUAUGAGUUUACAUAAGGCCAGAAUUAAAGCUUUUGAAGAUGUCCUCAGUAAUGAUGAGAUUGACAUUGUCACACUUCAAUCAUUGGCAUUUAAUGGUAUUACAGAAGAAAAAGGUCUUCGUUCUCUGAUAUGGAAGAUAUUUCUUCACUACAUUCCAAAACAGAGAAACAAAUGGGAAGCCACACUUAAAAAAAAAAGAUCCCUGUAUAAGGAGUUCAUAGAGGAAAUGAUAGUAUCUCCAGGUGGUCCCACUGAUCAUCCUCUAAGUAUAAGUCCUGAAAGCUCAUGGAGUAAAUAUUUCAAAGAUAAUGAAGUUCUUUUACAAAUUGAUAAAGAUGUAAGAAGAUUAUGUCCAGAGAUAUCCUUUUUUCAAUCCGCUACUGAAUUUCCCUGCUCUGAAGUAGUAAAUAGCAAUGGAUUGAAACGUUUACAUCAACGAGUGGAGCAAAAGGUUUUGAACUAUUCAACACUAGAACAAAGAGGAUUUGGAAUAGUCAAGCUCAACAAUGUUAUUCGUCGUACGGACAACCUAAGUGGGGACUACGUACCAUUGAAGGAGGGAGCUGAAGCUCACUGGGAAGUGGUGGAGAGGAUGCUCUUCCUAUAUGCAAAACUAAAUCCUGGCCAGGGCUACGUCCAAGGCAUGAAUGAGAUCAUCGGACCAAUAUAUCAUACCUUUGCUGUCGACCCUGAUAUGGAACAAAGAAAGAACGCGGAAGCCGACUGUUUCUUCUGUUUUACAAACCUGAUGGCUGAGAUACGAGAUUUCUUCAUUCGUUCACUUGACGAGACCGAGAGUGGUAUUAAUAAUAUGAUGUUUCGUUUAAGUGAACGAUUAAAAAUGAAUGAUUACGCAGUCUGGGAGAGACUUUCCAAGCAGGAGUUGCGACCGCAGUACUACAGCUUCAGGUGGCUGACGCUUCUGCUGUCUCAAGAAUUUUCUCUCCCCGAUGUUGAGCGUAUAUGGGAUUCCUUAUUUGCGGACAGCACUAGGUUCGAUUUCCUGAUAAGCGUCUGCUGCGCCAUGAUUCUGUUAGUGAGGGACGACUUAAUGACCGGAGAUUUUGCGUCUAACGUGAAGUUACUGCAACAUUUUCCACCCAUGGAUGUAUCACUUAUUGUUACUAAAGCGAGAACUAUUCGUUUGUAGACCCACGUAUGCAUCCCAAAUGUUUAAUUUUUCCGAUUAUUAUAUUAUUAUUUUCACGUUCCCCAUGAUCGAGAUGAUUUUAUGGAAAUUCGGGUUAUAGGAAAAUAUUUAGUAUCACAAAACAAUUCAUUAUCACUAUUGUCCAAUUUCUAUAUAGUAUAAUAUGUAUAUUUAUAUUUUCUGUUUUUUUUUUAUAAUUAUAGUUUCUGGGUAUAAUUGUAUAUUUUUUCAUAUAUAUACCAUAUUUAAUUUCGUUGUCGCGUCCAUAGUACAUUAGUUUAUUAUUUUGAAAACUUGAUAUAACGAAUUAAUCUUUAAUUACAGUAAUUUCCAGUAGUAUUAAGAAAUAGUAUAUAUAAAGGCCUAGUGCCGAUUCCAAUUUAAACUCAAUAAUAAAUUAUAAGGCAACUGUUCAGAAAUCGACUGAUAAUAUUUUCUACUUAAAUAUUCCUUAGUACGUAAUUAGGUGUAAUUUUUUUUAUUGUAAGUACAAAACGUACGUAUCAACCGAAUCUCUUCUGGAUAAUUUUGAUUCAAUGUUACAAACAGGUAUAGGUUUAAUUAAAUGCCAUACACAUUAUAUAAAUUACAUAUUAUAUGUUGUAAAUA